CUUAACUCACAGCACAACAUGCUCCCCAACCCCCAUCUAAGUUGUCAGCUGUACUGCCUUACUGAACGACAGGGCUAGUUCCCUAUACAGAUAGAAACGCUACCAGAGAGAAAAGGCAACCAGAACCAGCUCUCUUUUUCUCGCUGUACUCCAGUAGUUAGCUUGGAGAUUUGGCAAGGCGUGGUGGGGUGUUGUGCUGUUUCUUCCUGUUGAAUCCAGCCUGAGCGAGACCAAACCCAGAGACAGCCUCAGGUGGUGGCAACGUGCAGAGGAACCAUUGAAUGGGCUCAAGAUGGCGUCAGAUGAGGCUUAUAACUUUGUCUUUAAAGUGGUUCUGAUUGGGGAAUCUGGGGUGGGCAAGAGCAACCUGCUGUCCCGCUUCACCAAGAACGAGUUCAACCAUGACAGCCGCACCACCAUCGGGGUGGAGUUCAGCACGCGUACGGUGCAGCUGGGCACUGUCACGGUCAAGGCCCAGAUCUGGGACACAGCCGGGCUGGAGCGGUACCGAGCCAUCACCUCUGCGUAUUACAGGGGUGCGGUGGGGGCGCUGCUAGUCUAUGACAUUGCCAAACACCUGACAUACGAGAGUGUAGAACGCUGGCUAAAGGAGCUGUAUGACCAUGCAGAUCCCCACAUUGUCGUCAUGCUGGUCGGCAACAAGAGUGACCUGGCACCUCUGCGCUCUGUGCCCACAGAAGAAGCAAAGGACUUUGCAGAGAAGAAGGGUUUGCUAUUCAUGGAGACCUCAGCCUUGGAGUCCACAAAUGUUGAGAGUGCUUUCCAUAAUGUCCUUGCAGAAAUCCACAAAAAAGUAUCCAGCAAAGAGGUGACUAGAGGGUCCAUCAGUGCUGUGUCCCUGUCCAACCCCAGUGCUGCGGCUGAGGUGCCCCAGGAGGAGAAAAGGCCCUGCUGUAGGAACAUCUGAUGGAACAGGCGGGCCCAGAGAGGGGGCUGCUGGGAAGGAUCUUCCACCAAGUCCAGAAUAAAAGACCCAGGGGCCUCCACUUGGGCCUACUGUGGGUAUAAUGACACCAAGAAAUGCAUCAUUCUGAGAGACAGCAGAAUCAACAAGGAGGUGACGAGUGAGACAGGAUUGCUUCUGUUGAGGAUUUUAAAUGCAUCAAUCAAAUCAACAGCCAUAAAUUUGUCCAUGUGUAACAACUGAAUUUUGUAGAUAUUUUUUUGAAGGAAGA